CUGGCUCUUUCCAAGAUGGCCACCAAUGAUGGAGUAAUGUAAUAACUUUACAGCGCGUUUGUUUGUUUUUUUAGUUUUUAGAAAAGCUCCUUUGACUCCUGGAAGAGGACUGCGAGCGGGGAAAUAUACAAGGACUUUCGCAACCCCUUUUGAUUUUGGAAGAAGGGAGGGGAAAUACAGCUGUGUAUAUAGUAUGUCUGUAUAUUUCUCAGAGAAACCUUUGGAUUAGGACUUCAGCCGUGCGUUGGAUUCCACCCCCCCCCCUCCCUAUCUUUCCCUCCCCUCAUGACUUGUGAGAGGAUUUGGGAGGAGGAUUCACAGACACAGCCACCUAAAGAAAAUCUCUUGAUUUAUAUUAGAUAUUCUUUCACCUCUCUGCUGCUCUUUCUCUUCCUGUUUCCCCUUUCUCUUCAUUUCCUCUCUUUUUUUCUGAACGUACAGAAUUUCUUCUUGAGUCUAUCGCGAAGUUUUUUUUUGGGGGGUGACGGAAACUAACGUCGAAAGGAAAAGAAGCUUCGAAGUCUCUUCCCCCUCCCUCCCUUCUCCACCCGUAUUUAGUGGAGUUUUUUUUUCCUGGGGGGGAAAAAAUUGAAGUGUCUUUUGAGAGCGACAGAGGAGAGGAAACAACAACAAAAGGCUCGACGCUUGAGGCGGCUUUUCUUUUUCAAUAUAUUAUAUAAUUUUUUUUUGGGACGUGGCAAGAGAAGGAGGGAGAAGGUUUUCUUUUAAGGGAAGAGAAGCGGGGAAGAGGAAAAAGAAAAGCAAAUCCACGGAAGACUCUGGAUAAAUUUCUUGUGGCAGUCGAUUUCCGAGCUGAGGAAGACAGAAACUUAUUUACUGUUUUAAAAUAUACACCAGCCGCGACGACAACAACAACAGAAAGAGAAAGCUUUUCGACAGAGGAAAUCCAAGUUCGUUUCGUUUGAUUAUAAUUUACACCUUUCCUUUCGUAAAAAAAUUCAACAAAAAAAAACAGCCGUUUACACCGAUGACAGUUGAGGUCAUGAGCACAAAAACUCCGCUGUUCUAGGAUUUAAAAAGAAUGUCAUCAGAGGACAAAAGUGUGGAACCUUCUGACCUAGGACCGCCACCUCUAUCUGCUGCCUUUGUGGCUGCUCCUGUUGGUAGCCCUGUAAAUAAUGACAAACGACCACGGGGCCGACCUCGCAAAGAUGGCACAACUCCUCUACAGAAGAAAAAAAAGUCUCGGAGCAGGGGGAGGACGGUUAUUGAAGAUGAUGACAGUAUGGAUGGGUUGGAGGCAACAGAAAAUGCAAUGGAAACAGACAUUAAAGAUGACUCACCGGAGGAGGAUAUCCUUACAGAAAUGGAGACCAAUGAACGACCAUCUCUCCUGCAGCGUUCGAUAUCUGAAGACUCUGCCAGCUCUACAACCUCAGUCAAACUAGAUACAAAAACCAGCAAUGAACAGCUCUGUGCCUUGUGCUAUUGUGGUGAACGCAGCUCACUGGGGCAGGGUGAGUUGAAAAGAUUCAACCCAACUCCAGAUUUUAUAGUACUAAGGAAGAGCCCAUCUCAAGCAAAACAAGAUGGUACUGAUAGUUUGGAGGAUGUUAAUGACAAGAACCACAAACAAUGUCCCUCUUCACAAAUGUGGCAGCAAAAGUCUCCUUGCCAUGCUGCAAUGCCCAUCUCUACGUGUAUUAAUGUUCCAGUGGCUUCUGAAGAACAGACAAGCAGAUAUUGGGAUGAGCUCAGUCAAGUUGGCCUUCCUGAUGAUAUUGAUGUCCAGGCCUUAUUUGAGCCUUCAGGCCACUGCUGGGUUCACCAUUGUUGCGCAGAAUGGUCUUCUGGAGUGUGCCAGACAGAUGAACAGGUACUGAUGAAUGUGGACAAAGCAGUUCUCUCAGGGAUUGCAGAGCACUGUGCAUACUGUAAGCGCCUUGGAGCCACCAUCAAAUGCUCAGAAAUGAAGUGCAAUCAGCUGUACCAUUAUCCAUGUGCAGCUGGAGCUGGUACAUUUCAAGAUAUCAAGACACUCACUCUCCUCUGUCCAGAACACAUCGACCAGGCUCCAGAAAGAUGUGAGUCCAAGGAAGAAGCAAAUUGUGCUGUUUGUGAUAGCCCAGGCGAACUUCUGGACCAACUUUUCUGCACUAGUUGUGGACAGCAUUACCAUGGAGCAUGCCUAGACAUAGUUGUGACCCCUUUGAAACGGGCUGGGUGGCAGUGUCCAGAAUGCAAAAUCUGCCAGACCUGCAGACAUCCAGGUGAUGACAGCAAAAUGUUGGUUUGUGACAUCUGUGACAAAGGCUAUCACACGUUUUGCCUCCAACCAGCAAUGGAGUCGAUACCUACAAACGGCUGGAGGUGUAAGAAUUGCAGGGUGUGUGUUGACUGUGGCGCACGGACCAGCACUCAUUGGCACCAUAAUUGUUCACUUUGUGCUAACUGUUACCAGCAGCAAGACCACAGCCUGUCCUGUCCACACUGCGACAAGACGUGCUAUCAAGAUUCCCAGAAAGAUGUGUUGCAUUGUCAGAUUUGCAAGAGGUGA